AGCACACACUUUAUUCAGCAUUUAUCUUCUGUUCUUCCCCCCAUUUCCCCCCAUUCCCGCCUCUCUCUCGUCAACCAAACCCUCACACUUUUCUCUCCGCUCGCCGGCACCGUCGUUCUAUUGCAGCGUUGCGGUACUACUUCACAGAUUAUACCAUCUGCAAUUUCCUGUUCGUAGUUAAAAUUAACCUGCAAUAGAUAUGACAGCCAUGGAUGUUGACACCGGGGCGCUUCAAAGAAAACAAUCCCUAUAUAAAUCCAUGGAUGAGAUUUUUGAGAUUCAAAAAGAGAUGUACAAGGGUCAACAGUAUAGCCAGAUUUACUAUAUAAGGUUACAUUUGAUCCGAACUCUCAUUUACUCUCUCCUUCCCAACUGGAAACCUCACUUGCCAGUCUGUACUGUUUUGGGGCUAGAGGAAGGGAAAGAGUGCAUUAUUGUUGGAACACUCUAUAAGCAUAUGAAGCUCAAACCUACAAUUCUUAGCGAGUAUUCAAAGGAGAGGUCUGCAACCCCACUUGUAAGCCCUGAUAAUUUUGUGCACCCAGAUGAUUCUUUGGUUUUAGAAGAUGAGAGUGGAAGAGUAAACCUCAAAGGCAAUGUACUAUCACCUUCUGUAUAUGUAACAGGCAAUGUUGUUGCUUUACAUGGAAAGGAAACUGGCGGAGGUGAUUUUUUUGUUGAAGAUCUUCUUGAAGCUGGUUUACCACCACAGCUGGAUCUACCAAAUAAAUCAGGAGAAGACAAAUACGUUGUCUUAGUAUCUGGAUUAAAUGUUGGCAGCAUCUCUUCUAACCCGCUUCAGCUUCAGCUUCUUGUUGAUCACAUUACUGGACAUCUAGGAGAUAAAAAGGAACAACACUCUGCAGCACAAAUAGUUCAAGUCGUUGUUGCUGGUAAUUCCAUCCAAAUUCAACACGGGCUUCUUAACGGCCAGAAUCUGGCCUCCAAGGACCAAUCUAAAUUAUCUGAACCAAUCAAAGAGCUGGAUAUCUUUUUGACUCAGAUUGCUGCAGGUAUUCCUAUAGAUAUUAUGGCUGGAUAUAAUGACCCUGCAAACUUUGCUCUGCCACAACAGCCUUUGAACAGAUGCCUUUUUCCUGGAUCAUCAGCCUAUAACACAUUUAGGUCCUGCACUAAUCCUCAUCUCUUUGAUGUGGAUAAUGUGAGAUUUCUUGGAACAUCUGGUCAAAAUAUUGACGAUCUUAAUAAGUAUUCAGAAGCAAAAGAUACAUUAGAAUUCAUGGAAAGGACAUUGAGGUGGAGGCACCUAGCCCCAACUGCACCAAACACACUUGGAUGUUAUCCCUUCACUGACAGGGACCCUUUCUUCAUUGAGAGCUGUCCACAUGUUUACUUUGUUGGUAAUCAGGAUAAAUACGCGACUCGAAUAAUAAAAGGAUCAGAGGGUCAGGUGGUGAGACUCAUUUCUGUUCCGAAGUUUAGCGAGACGGGCAUUGCUGUUAUGGUGAACUUGAAAAACCUCGAGUGCAGCACUCUCAAUUUUGCGGUUCAAAUCAGCUCAUAAUUUCAAAUAUCAGGUUUUUGCAUGUUUAGAGCUUUAAUGAUGUGCCAUACAUAUAGGGUUAGCCGUUGGUUUACUAAUGCACGUGACAAGUUAGAAGUUUAGCUGUUGGUUUAAGUGUUCUGUAACUGUGUUUGCCGUAUAAUCACUUGUAUGAGUAUGUUUGAUCAAAUUAUGUUGGAUUUUCGGAUAUCCUGUGUGAAAUUGUUGACUGUUUAGUCUUUCAUUUUGUCUUAAUGAUGUGAAUUUGCUUUGAAA